UUCGAGAGGAUUAGCAUCAUGGUGAUCUUGCUCAACUGUGUGACGCUUGGCAUGUACCAGCCCUGCGAGAACAUUGACUGUACCUCGGACCGCUGUCAGAUACUCCAGGCCUUUGAUGCUUUUAUCUACAUCUUCUUUGCACUGGAGAUGGUGAUAAAGAUGGUGGCUCUCGGAAUCUUUGGCCGCCGCUGUUACCUGGGAGAUACCUGGAACAGGCUGGACUUUUUCAUCGUAAUGGCUGGGAUGGUGGAGUACUCGCUGGACCUUCAAAAUAUCAACUUAUCAGCCAUUCGGACAGUUCGGGUUCUUCGACCACUGAAAGCCAUCAACAGAGUCCCAAGUAUGCGCAUCCUGGUGAACUUGCUGCUUGACACUCUCCCCAUGCUGGGCAACGUGCUGCUUCUCUGCUUCUUCGUCUUCUUCAUCUUUGGCAUUAUUGGCGUGCAGCUUUGGGCGGGACUCCUGAGGAAUCGAUGUUACCCUGAAGAGAAUUUUACCAUACCUUCAGGUAUGACGCUGCCAGCUCCCUAUUAUCGUCCAGAGGAGGAUGACGAGCGACCCUUCAUCUGCUCCCUGGGUUCUGAUAAUGGCAUCAUGUCAUGCACUGAUGUGCCAGCAAGGCGGGAAGGAGGACGCAUUUGUUGUCUUGAUAAGGAAGACGCUUUGCACCGACAGUCUUUGGGCCUAAGCCCUGAGCCACUGUCUAAUGGCAGUGGGGCUGGGGAAGCUCUGGGUCUGUGCAUCAAUUGGAACCAAUAUUAUACCAGGUGCCAUACUGGAAGCAAUAACCCCCACAAAGGAGCAAUCAACUUUGACAACAUCGUCUAUGCCUGGAUAGUAAUUUUUCAGGUGAUAACUUUGGAGGGCUGGGUUGAGAUCAUGUAUUAUGUGAUGGACGCACACUCCUUUUACAACUUCAUCUACUUCAUCCUACUCAUCAUUAUUGGUUCAUUCUUCAUGAUCAACCUGUGCCUGGUGGUCAUUGCCACCCAGUUUUCAGAGACUAAACAGCGAGAGCACCAGCUUAUGCAGGAGCAAAGGGCACAGUGCCUGUCCUCUUCCACCUUAGCUAGCAUGGCUGAGCCAGGGGACUGCUACGAAGAGAUCUUUCAGCUGGUCUGCCACGUACUUCGCAAGGCCAAGAGGAGGUCAACAGCACUCUACUACACUCUGAGAGGCAAGCCCGCUCCAGCCAGUGCAGGAAGGGGUAACAGACGAGGUGGAGGGAAUGUAAAUGGAGAUCGACAUCAUUCAGGGCACCAUAGAUCCCUCAAAUGUCCACACCACAGCAAGUCAAACCAUGACUCCCAGGCCCAAGCUAAUUCUAUAAGCCUUACCGUCCAGAACCCUGAGGAGUGCCCCAUCUGUACAAAAGAAGGUGCAACUACUACAGGACAUUUGGAGAAUGGGGAAGAAAACGAAGAGGAUGCUGUAAAGGAAACAGACAAGGAUAAUCACUUAAAGGAGAAGAAAGAGGAAGAGAUUGGGCGAAGGAGGACAUGUUUUGGAAAGUGCAGGGAUCUUUGGAAAGAUAUGAGACGGAAACUUUGGGGUAUUGUGGAGAGCAAGUAUUUUAGCAGGGGCAUCAUGAUCGCAAUUCUUAUAAACACUAUCAGCAUGGGCAUUGAGCACCACAACCAGCCCGAGGAGCUGACCAAUGUACUAGAAAUCUGUAACAUUGUCUUCACCAGCAUGUUUACCUUGGAGAUGAUUCUAAAACUCACAGCUUUUGGCUUCUUUGAGUACUUGAGGAACCCAUACAACAUCUUUGAUGGCAUCAUUGUUAUCAUCAGUGUGUGUGAGAUCAUUGGCCAGGCAGAUGGUGGUCUGUCAGUGCUGAGGACGUUCAGGCUGCUGAGGGUCAUUAAGCUGGUCAGGUUCAUGCCUGCACUGAGGCGACAGCUUGUGGUCCUAAUGAAGACUAUGGACAACGUUGCAACCUUCUGUAUGCUGCUUAUGCUCUUCAUCUUCAUCUUUAGUAUCUUGGGGAUGCACAUAUUUGGCUGUAAGUUCAGUUUGAAGACAGAGGCAGGGGACACAGUUCCUGACAGGAAGAACUUUGACUCCUUGCUCUGGGCCAUAGUCACUGUGUUUCAGAUUCUUACUCAGGAGGACUGGAAUAUGGUGCUGUACAAUGGCAUGGCAUCCACCUCUCCUUGUGCCGCUCUUUACUUCGUCGCUCUUAUGACAUUUGGAAACUAUGUGCUCUUCAAUUUACUUGUUGCCAUCUUGGUUGAAGGUUUCCAAGCAGAGGGUGAUGCCAACCGCUCCUAUUCAGAUGAUGAUAGGUCUUCCUGUAAUUUUGAUGAAAAUGAUAAGCUAAAAGACUCUCUGCACCUCUCAGACCCAAAGCUCUGUACCCUGACCCCUAAUGGACACCUGGACAUGUCAUUGUUGCCCACUGGACUGUUUCCAGGAGAGAGAUUGACUUUUGCACUUGGCUCCAGAAAAAACAGUGUUAUCUCUCUUGGUAGAGCUGACCUGGAAAAGAGGGCUAUGUACCCAGGUCGAGGUUACCACAACUGGGGCCGCCCACUGCCUCCCCAGCCUCACCCAUUGUGUUCCAGCUGGAGCAGCCUUGGGGGCCGACCCUGCUCCUCCUCAUCUCCCUCUGCAAGUCCUGCGUUUACACCUACAUCUGCAAGGCCCUUCUAUGGCUGUGGUCUGGGGGGUCUAGGAGGGGUGGUAGGUGGAAGCCUUCGUAUCCGUGGUCCUCGUGCCUCUUCAACCCCCCACCAUCACCAUCAUAUCCAACCUGAUGAAGAGGAGUCCCUUCUCUCUCCUCCUGCCGCUGCACCUCAUUGUCUUCAGCUUCCACAUUCAAAGCUCCACAACUAUUUUGCACCUCGUAGAGACCGCAGAGCCCUCUCAUUAGAGCUCCCGAACAUGCUACAGUCUCCAACUGGAAACCCAUUGCAACAUCAUGCUCUGCCUCCAGUUAAACUCCAUGCUCACCACAGGAAGAAGAGCUUCUCGGGAGGGCUUGUGAUCAGUAAUAGUGGAGACUUGGAGGGAAUCCACCAGGACUGUAAUGGGAAGACCCUACUGUCACACCUGCUCCUUCCGCCCUCCAGGCGGCAGCUGGAACAGACUGGAGGGGACAACCCGCAGAACCACCUGAUGACAGACGUCUUUCCGCAGGUCAACACACGCAGCAAGGACCGGGAGGAUCUGGAUGAUGACAUAGAAUAUAGCUUAUGUUUUCGAAUCCAGAAGAUGUUGGAAGCAUACAGACCAGACUGGUGCGAAACAAGAGAUGAUUGGUCCAUCUUCCUUUUCUCCCCCCAGAACAAGUUCAGACUGAUGUGCCAGUCCAUCAUCGCCCAUAAGCUUUUUGACUAUAUUGUGUUGGCCUUUAUCUUCUCCAACUGCAUCACAGUGGCUCUUGAGAGGCCAAAGAUACUUCAAGGCAGCCUGGAAAGAGUCUUUCUUACCAUUUCCAACUACAUCUUUACUGCCAUCUUUGUGGGCGAGAUGACUCUCAAGGUGGUUUCCAUGGGACUGUAUAUGGGUGAACAGGCUUAUUUGCGGAGCAGCUGGAACAUUCUGGAUGGAUUCCUGGUUUUUGUGUCGUUGAUUGAUAUUGUUGUGUCCAUGGCGGGAGGGGCGAAAAUCUUGGGUGUGCUUCGAGUACUGCGACUGCUUCGAACACUGCGUCCCCUCAGAGUGAUUAGCAGAGCUCCGGGAUUAAAGCUGGUGGUGGAGACCCUCAUCACUUCCCUCAAACCUAUUGGCAACAUUGUCCUCAUCUGUUGUGCAUUCUUUAUCAUCUUCGGUAUCCUUGGAGUACAGCUCUUUAAAGGGAAGUUUUUUUACUGUCUCGGCCCUGAUGUCAAAAACAUCACCAACAAAUCCGAUUGUCUGCAAGCAAACUACAAGUGGGUCCAUCAUAAGUACAACUUUGAUAACUUAGGACAGGCUCUGAUGUCCCUGUUUGUACUGGCCUCCAAAGAUGGCUGGGUAAAUAUCAUGUACCAUGGCCUGGAUGCAGUGGGUGUUGACCAACAGCCGAUAACCAACAACAACCCAUGGAUGCUUCUAUAUUUCAUCUCCUUCCUCCUCAUUGUCAGCUUCUUUGUUCUUAACAUGUUUGUUGGUGUGGUGGUGGAAAACUUCCACAAGUGUCGCCAGCAUCAGGAGGUGGAAGAAGCCAAGAGACGUGAAGAGAAGCGACAAAAGCGAAUGGAAAAAAAGAGAAGGAAAGCUCAGAAGCUGCCUUACUAUGCCAGUUAUGGAAACAUCCGCCUGAUGAUCCACACACUUUGCACAAACCACUACCUGGACCUCAUUAUUACCUUCAUCAUCUGUAUAAAUGUCAUCACGAUGUCAUUAGAGCACUACAAUCAACCUCAUUCCCUGGAUCUUGCCCUCAAAUACUGCAACUAUUUCUUUACCUCCACAUUUGUGCUUGAGUCCAUUCUGAAGCUCAUCGCCUUUGGAUUUCGGCGCUUCUUCAAAGACAGGUGGAACCAGCUGGACCUAGCCAUUGUUCUCCUGUCAGUUAUGGGCAUCACUUUGGAGGAAAUUGAGAUCAGCGCUGCCUUGCCCAUCAACCCCACUAUCAUCAGAAUCAUGAGGGUUCUAAGGAUAGCACGAGUCCUCAAGCUGCUGAAGAUGGCUACCGGAAUGAGAGCCUUGUUGGAUACAGUUGUUCAAGCCCUGCCUCAGGUGGGUAACCUGGGCCUGCUCUUCAUGCUGCUGUUUUUCAUCUACGCCGCCUUAGGAGUAGAGCUUUUUGGAGAACUUGUUUGCAAUGAAGACUAUCCAUGUGAAGGUAUGAGUCGUCACGCUACCUUUGAAAACUUUGGCAUGGCCUUCCUUACCUUGUUUCAAGUCUCCACGGGCGACAACUGGAAUGGCAUCAUGAAGGACACAUUGCGGGAGUGCCCACCAGACCAUAACACGGAUGUGGACUAUGCCUGCAAUCCGAGCCUUCAGUUUAUCUCGCCCAUGUAUUUUGUCUCCUUUGUGCUCACCGCCCAGUUUGUGCUCAUCAAUGUGGUGGUGGCCGUGCUGAUGAAGCACCUGGACGACUCCAACAAGGAGGCCCAAGAGGAGGCGGAGAUGGAUGCAGAAAUUGAGCUGGAGCUGGCCCAGGGCACCCUCUGUUGCAUGGGCGCCCCCACUUGUGGGGGUGGGGGGGUUGACAAAGGAUUCUUGGCUGCUGGUUCAGGGCUUGGAGCUGUGCCAGGGAGAAGGGAGAGGGCUGUAGGUGCCAGAGGAGAGUCAGGAGAAGGAGUGAGGAAGUUGCGGCAGUCUUUGACGUAUCAGAGACCUUACAACUCCUGCGAAUCCCCCCAGUCAUAUUCGCCGUCACAAGAGAGCCAGUGGUUGGACAGCGUAUCUCUCCUAAUCAAGGAUACAAUAGAUGGGGAGAUGCUGAUGAUCGACAACCUCUCCGGCUCCGUCUUCCACCAUUACUCCUCUCCACCUGUCUGCAAAGACUGCAAGGGCCACCCGCAAGAGCAGAUCAGAAUGGCAGAGAUAGAGCAGGCAUCACUGAAGUCGGAGCAACUCUCGGAUAAGUCCUCAUCCCCUGCUCUCCCUGACGACCUAAGCCUGGAUGAACAUAACAGCUAUCAGCUGCUGAUGCAUGAAGGGAAGGGGAGGUGCAGCAGUGGCUCCCAUGAAUCUGAGGAGGCUGUUGUUGGAGAAGGCAGCCAUGGAGGAGGUCAUCAGGCUGAGGAACAAGGUCAGGUGCAGGGGGCAUCCCUGCAAUGCAGGGUUUCUUGCACAGAGACAGAGACCACACUACAAGAGAUGGGAAUACAAACAUACCAAACAAAGAUGUGCUCACCAGUCUGCUCCCCUGGUGCGAUUUCCAGCCUCAGCAGCAAGGAGAGAGGCAAAGGAGAUGAGGAAAAGGGAGCCAGUGGGAUUUCUACCCUCUUUCAUUUGCCUGCUGAGUUUUUCCAUUCUGCAGGGGCAUCUAUCCCGGUACCCUCUCGCAGUAGGAGCCUGCAUUUGUCAAGAGGCAUGAAACUGACCUCUCCAGCCUCUUGGGUCUCAUUCCGCUCCCCUGGAGCCCCUCGAAAGAGGAUCUGUGCACAGUACCCAUCCCACAGUGAUUCAUCCCUGGCAACUGGGAGCUCAGAAGGUAGCCUUCAGACAACUCUGGAAGAAGGACUAAGCUUUAGCAUUUCUCCACCUCAGAACAUGGAACUGUCAAUCCCAACAGCUUCCUUACCACCCAUGUGCCCUAUCUCCCAGCCUGAGGAUACUAUUUCCUCUCCAGUUCAAGCCCUAAAUCCAAGGGCAAACCCUCCUGCUGUAACCCUUUUGGCCACCAGGGGUCACCAAAGGAGCCAGAGCAGUGGACGAGGCAGCACGAGCCCCGGCUACAAUCGAGAAGACUCCAUCGACCCCUCAGAUGAAGACUUGGGUAUAGGCAUUGGCUCUUCUAUUGGUGGUUGUGGCUCCAGCCAAGCAGGCAACAGUGAACAUUUAUCAGAGACGCUAAGCAGCUUGUCACUAACAUCCUUGCUGCCACCUAGCAACGUCCUAUGCCCUGGAGGGCAUGUAAAGAAGUGCAACAGCACAGGUAGCCUUGACAAAGGGGGUCUUCUGUUGUCUUCUCGAUGCAGGGAAGGCCGCAGGGAAAUUAUGGGCCUGGAGCUAAUGGAACCCCAAGCUUUUUUGGCCAACCCCUGGACAGGAGUAUUAGGUGAUAGCAAAAAAGGAGAAGGGACUGGGGUAAUAGAAGACAAAGAGCACAGUUUCAAGGGAAAAAGCUCAAGCCAAACAACAGUAGGCUCCUGUCGACAGAACAGAUGAAACAUAAUGUUUAGUUGUUCUUUUUCUUUCCAUUUCUUGGAACUAAACCCAUUGCUGUUCCUCUCAGUCUGCUUCAUUAUGGAGACAGAGGUCUGAUGAAACAUGAUGCUCAGACUUUCAACACUAAACCCUCAUCUUGCCCCCUUAACCUCUUUAUAUACUGUAUGUACUAUCUAGAGUGGUGGUUUUGGCUGUUUCUAAUGGUGCCAAAUGGCUAUAGAUCAAAGCGCAUGGCCAGAGGAGCAGCCCCUCUACUGUCUUGGUAGGUCUCGUUCUACAGGAUCUGAGGGAAAGUGGUGUUCACACUGAAAAACAACAACUUGCAUUUAUAAGACACACAGUUGAGGCAAGGAGCUAGAUGCAAAAGUGAGUUAGCAUUGCUCUAAAACAGCUUUGUUCUCUCUCUAAUGGCUUAAGUUGAUUUGGACUGGAAAAAAAUAAAACAAAUCCAACUAUCAAUGCCAUGAAUGACUGUUUUUAAGUCUCUUGUUGACUCAAAGGGAGGGUCUUAAAGCAGGGAGUGGAUCUAACAGACAUCUUUCCUGACAGACCUGCUUAAAAUGGAAGAAGGAAGAAGAGUUCGACAUAAUUUGCUCCCAGUCUAUGUUUGUGUGUCCAAGCACUGCCUCAGGUAUCCAAGCAAGAGUUAAUUCAUUCUGCACAACAUCUCAGUGUCUCUGAAACCAGAAUAUGGGUAUCAGCAUUGUGUGUCUGUCAACUUGGUCUUCACUGGUAGCGGAAAAUGGAAAUAAAUUGAGGGACAGUGGAGGUAUAACUGCAUGGAGUGAUUCGUGAAAUUGGUUAUCUUUCAUUCUAUCUCCAGGAUCUCUCAAUCAUAAACAUGGAAAAAUAAGUGUGAAAGAGAGGUGGAGUGAAACGAACUCGGAAUCCUGUCAGGGAGCACAUAAUUGUGCACGGAGCAACAUUUGUGCACUGAAAUACAGCUCAAUGUGCACUCCUUCUGACUGCACUCUUUCUCACUAUCUUCAAGGAUUCUAAACGAAAGGACGCUGUUGCAAAGAACCUCGGCUGCAUGAUGGGAUUGCAUUUAACCUGGAUUUUUUUUUAUCUAUAUACAGAUGUGUAUUAAGAUUUCAAUGUUUGGUGAUAACCAUGUGAUUCCUAUUCCACUAUUUUUGUAGACAGGAGAAUAGGCACGUUUGCAUUUUGCCAUUAGUUUGUCCUUAUUGAAUCCCUGCAGUGUCUUCGACUUGUCUAAGACUUUUCGUCUGCUAGUGGCUUCCAAUUUUGUAAAAGUUUUUUAAGUGAGGACACUACAUAAUAUGACAAGCAAAAAAUUUCAAAGAAACUUGUGCGCUGAGUGAUUGUUCUCAGCGCAUUUCCUUAUGUGAAUACUUGCUCCUCAAGGACAUUUGAGGGUUGUUUUUAUUUUGGUUUCCCAUGAGUUGGAGUGUGUGGACAACCAGAAAUGGGAACAGCCAUAUUCACACGCCAUAUUCACUCACAGACAUGGCUGCACUAUUCUUUGCUUGUAGCCUCAUGACUGAACCCCUCUGACACCACCACUAUGAAAGCUUUAAUUUUAAAGUUGCAUCAGAACAUAUCGGUUUUGGGCACUCUAGUGCACCUUAAGCAUGGCUCUGGGUUUGCAAAACAGUAUGCUAAUUUACGACAUGAUAUUUUGAUGCACUCAUGUUUUCCAUCUCCUUGUAGCAACCCUUUCUUAUUGUACCAUUUAUUUUUGAACUAAUCAGCAAGGUUUUUCCUCUUUUUAUGAAAGCUAUUUUGGUUUCUGGGAUUUAGAGAAUUACUACAUCAAAAACGGAGAUCCAGAAGCCUGAUUUCUAGGGGUAGACAGUUUUUUUUUUGAUAAAUUUACUUUGAUUUUCUUCCAAGAAAGAAAAAAAAAAUGGAGGUGAUGUAAGAAAAAAGAGGAUUUUACCUCAUUUAUCAUGCAAAAUCACUAUGAUGACUAUGUUUUAAUAGAAGGAGUUUGGUUUCAGUGGGUGAGACAGCUGUAGGUACGUGUGUCUGUGCGUGUGUGUGUGCGUAAAUAACUUCAGGCCUUUUACUGGAGUGUGCUGUUUGUCAGUGAAGAGGUUACCUGUAGUCUGAGGAUGAAAAUGAAAAUCAAAGCAACCAAGGGCUGUUUUAGCAUCAAAGAUAUAUUGUCCUAUUAUAUCUUUUUAAGAUGAAUCGUUGUCAAUAAAUAUGGCGUCAAAGGUUAAGCCUGACAACACAGCAAUAAAUGUUCCAUGUAUGUUCUCUGAGUAAAUGAUGUCAAUGUGAUUUUUAUCUCCUCAACAACAGAAUUCAUCAGUGCCCGUUUUUCACUCAUAUUUUUCGGAAACCUAACACCCAUUCAGAAAGCACCUCUGCCCUCUCAGAUACCACUCAGAGAAGAGAUGGGCUCCAAUUGGACGACUUGAACAAAUGACAUUUUUGAACUCAGGUCGGGGGGUAAAAACCACUAGUAAUAUCUUACACAAUAGCUGCAAAGUCGUGCUAAGACAGAAGGCAAAGCAGAAUUUCACCUGGUUUGACUCAUCCCAUUUUGAAUUGGUUUGUACUGUUUUACUUUUCACAACAAGACAUGAGCUUUUGCAAUGUGUGAAAUCUUUGUGUGAAAAAAAUUGUGCCUUUACACAUUAUGUGUGCUACUGCUCAUACUGAGUCUGAUUUAAAAAGUAACUAAUUUUAGGAUUUUUCCCCAUUAAUAAUUUUGAAUAUUGCCAUUUCAAUUUGGCAAAAAUACUGACAUAUACAAUGCAAAAUUAAAUAUAUGAAGACAUUAAUUCCAGGAAUAGAUAAUAAAUUAUUUAAGGCAACAUCAGGCCCAGUCUGUACAAACUGGUAUAAAGGUAUUCCUUAGAUUAUAGAGAACAGUAGUCUUCCAAGAUCUAAAGACAUACAUUUCUCUUAGAAGGAUGGUGAUAUCAAAUUAUUCCU